UGAUAUAUAUCCACACGAAAGAAAUCCACCUUUAGUACCCUAUUAUUCCUUUUUCAAAUUGUUACUACAUGAUUGGUUCAUCCUUCUCGUUCGCCCCGCCGUCCGCAGUCAUCAUGCACGCCCUCGUGCCCAGGCGCUCUCGCGCCCUUGUUAUCCCGUGUGCCCUCGAUGUUACCACCAGCAUAAUCCCAUUUAUUGUCCAAUUUGGUCCAUUUUGUUCUUCUGCCGUUUGACUCAUUGCCCGAUCCAUUCAUUCAAUUCCACUUAUCAAACCGAAACUCAAUAAUUUCUACUUUCACAAUGACUUUACCUUCCGCGGAGCAAACAUCUCCGACAGCCUUAUCACGGGAUGUGGAUUCUUGGUCGUCCAACCCUGAAUUCUUGGGUACAUCGCACGUUUCUUCAAGUUAUCUGGAUGAUUUGAUGCAGAAUGUACCUAAUCUUACGUUUCUUAAUGGUCCGAUCGAAUCGGGCACGUGGUUUACUCCCCAUUUCGUACAUGGUCUUCAUGCUACCCAACUUGAACCUAGCCAGGACUCAUAUCAAGCAUUGGCCCCUGUUCAAAUGCCAUCGAAGCAUGUGUCGAACUUCAAUAAGAAAGCGAAGUCUAAAUCCAAUGCCUACACACCCGCCCCAGAUACCCACUUAUCCGGUACUACAACUCGAGUUAAGGGAUCUGCUCGCAUAAGCAAAACCAAAAAGUAUCCAGGGGGCGCCAGUGCCUUCGUUAUCAGGAAAAGAGCAAGAGAACGGAAGGAACAUCUGUUUCAAGCGUUUGCUCCGCUUGAGAAGGCGAAGGAAGCUCUGAAACCUUAUUCCAAAUUGUCCAGACGCUUCAAACAAAAGUCCGAGUCCUUAUUUCUUCAGUUGGAGAAGCUUAUAGAUGAGGCCAUCUUUGCGGAUGAUACAUCUGAUUUUUCCUCAAUGUUAGAGGCAUCAAAUUUGGAAAUGGAUUCAGCAUAUGGAUCAUUUUCUGACAUACCACUAUCGGACGUUUCGAGCUCUGUGUUUGAACAACGCGAUAUUCACCUUGAAAGACAGACUACUACACCAUCUAGUAUUCAAAAUUUGGAGCUUCAUUCGGAUGAAGAAACAACUAGACCAUUUCAGCCUUUAUCGCCUACUUAUUCAUGUACAUACGGACCUGGAGAUGAACGAUGUCCAUAUGCUACAAGCAGAAAGUCCGAUUGGAUUCGACACGAAGAAUCUGAGAAACAUUGGCCACAGAAGCGUUAUAUGUGUAUGCUCUGUGCCGAACCACGAUCAGACGAAGAUCUAAAUCCUUGCUGCACUUACUGCUCUUUAGCAUUCUCAACAAUUGAGGAAGUGCAAAGUCAUAGCUUGAAUUGUAUCGAAGCCAGAAGAAAGGAAAAAACUUUCACAGGAGCAAAGACUGAUCACUUUCAAGCCCAUCUAGUCGACGUUCAUCAUCGUCCUGGACUUGACACAACUUCUGCAGCCUGGACAUACAAUCACAAAACAAAGUGGCAAAGGUACUGUGGUUUCUGUACAUACCACUUCAUAGACUGGGAAGAGAGAAAAAACCAUGUUGCCGACCAUUUCAAAGAAGGAGCUGACAUCUCGAAUUGGGAUCCUUUGUUGCACAAUCCCCGACGAAAAAACGCGGAUGAACCAGGCUUACCACCAAGAAACGACGAUGAAGAUAAUGGCGAUGAUGAUGACGAUCAUUCGCACCAACAUGGCAGAGGAAGGUUUUCUGAAUAUGAAGCUACGCAAAGCGCUUACGCCACCACUACUGGUAGUAGCAGUAGUUCUUGCGACCUAUCAAAUAAUGGCUACUUGGACUGGGAUAAUAAUGAAGGGGGAUGGGGUCAGUAUAAUCUCGACUAUGAGAAACGCUGCUCGAACUCACUUGUGAACUACGUCAAUCGCCCUCGGAGAAAUCGACAGGAUAUGAAACGAAACAAUCCUGGCUACGAAGCCUAUGAAAACGAAUGUACCAGCGAAUCAUAUUCUACUGGUGACGAGGUUUCAAGAGCCGGACCAACAAGCGCGGUGUCGAGAACCUUCAUCGAAAGCACAAUUAUGGCGACGUUGCAAAUGGGUAAGUUGAUUAUUCUCAGCUGUCAUCAUUCUCAAAUUCCCCUUAACAAUGAUAUAUGUAUCCGUUUCAUAGAUAAUCCUCCCACUCCGUUUUGGAACUAUCUGCGGAUUUCUAACAAGGCCCUUGAGACAGUCAAUGACACGUAUGUGUCAAGGGAGAACAGUCUGGAUCACAAAAUAAGUCAGGAAAAUAUCAGAAUCAAGAGGGACUCUCCGAAAGUUACACUGAACUCACAGAGAAGUCCUCGAGAACAUUAUCAUUCUCGUACGCAUCCAAGAUGUUCAAGAGAGCUUGGGCAACUUCCUGACUGGCAGCCACGUUCGCUAAACGCUAACUCCAAAGAAGACAAAGAGACUCGCUUUAAAUACGAAUGCAAAUGUCAUACUGGCAGUGGAGAAUCUUCCACCGGAAAGGAUUAUGUUAUUGGCCACCAAAUCUUCGCCCGACGACAACGCUCAAUAGACCAUGUGAAAUCCCACCAUCAAAAAGUGGCUGGCACUGUGAAACAUCUGCUAUCUCGAGCAAUAUUUGACAAUCAAUCCAAGCCUUGUCCUCAUGUCCCGGUCAAGGAAUGGAAGAUUCGCAGAGUAUUUGGGGUGUCCUACUCUGGUCUAUUGCAUCACAAUCCCGGGUAUUAUGAAGAUGGAAGCCUUCUCACAUCUUCCGACACGAUAUCAUGGGGAGAUGAAGGCAACUACACUUAUGGACCAGGCGAACAAUUGCAAGAUCGUUUUUUUGAAUUCGCACGAGACCAGAAACAUAGAGCCUUGGGACAAUCCUGCAAGAGAAAGUCGAAUUGCUCUGAAUGUCAAGGAUUUGGAGGUCAGCGUGCAUCGCGUUCAGUUCCUUUACUUUGGGACUGUGCGAGGUCAUCUGGGAUCACAGAAAAGCAAUUGGCUUGGAUGAUCAGACCGAGUUUCAAGCCUGUCAGGAGUGCAUCAGAUCGACCGAGAUGUCAAAAGGCGAAACCAGUAUUUCAACAGUCGGUUGCGCUAGAAAGAUAUCUUUCUGAUUAUAACUUUACUGAACACCUGGCGUACCUUGCUUCCCGGCAUAUUGGUGGCGAUGAAAGAAGUCCUUCGAGUGCACUCAUGCAUUCUCCUUGUUUCACGUCCAAUGAGGAAAUCCUCGCUCUGCAAGUUCUGCAGAAAUUAUGGGUGUGCUUGUUCAGAGUUCCUGGAGAAUUGAACAUAAAACAUAUAAUUAAUGUUCAGCGAGAAACAAUCGACGACCAAGAUGUGGAUACGCAUUUACUUUUGGGAGGCAUAAGGGCUUUUGGGUCAAAUCUUACCACAUCUCCUGCUGAUAUUGACACGGUUGUAUCAGAAAAGAGCAAUGGAGAUGCGGGGAAUCUAGAAUGA